CCUCCCACAUCUCUCCUUUGGUUGUCCUCCGCAUCCUCUGGCAUUCCCCCUCCCCUCCCUCUGAGUACUUUGUUCUUCAUUCUCCUCCCGGGCUCCCGCCAUCGCGUCCAGCUGUGGCCCUCACAGGGCACGCUUGCUGGCUCUCACCUGACAGGUCCCUGGCCUCAGGACGGCAGCCAGCAACAGCACGUUCCCUACAUGAGGGACAAAGCGACGCAGACCCCCAGGGCCUGGGCAGAUGAGAGGAGGAGGGGCUCUCACAAACGCUCGGCUUCCUGUGGGAGCACCGACCAGCUCAAGGAGAUUGCCAAAUUGCGGCAGCAGCUACAGCGCAGCAAACGCAGCAGCCGCCAUCGGAGGGAUAAAGAGCGCAAGUCCCCUUUCAAUGGCAGCCAUACCAUCAUUCAGUCGCAGUCACCUAUGCCCAAGACCAUUCUGAUACCCAUCCCAAUAUCCAAGUCAUCAGCCCCUCGUUUCCGCAACAGUGUGGAGGGCCUCAACCAGGAGAUUGAACGCAUCAUCAUCCGUGACACCCCCGAGAAGGACGAGACCAUUGUUCCACAAGAUGUCCCUGAUGGGCACCGUGCACCCCCGCCUGUCCCCCUACAGCGCAGUAGCAGCACCCGCAGCAUCGACACACAAACUCCUUCAGGCGGGGGCCUGAGUGGUAACCAUAGCAACUGUAGUAGCCGUCCUGACUCCAUCUCACCCUCCUACCUCACUGUCCUCAAUGACGUGGGUGGAGGCAGCCCCUAUGAGGACAAAGAACUGGGCCCCUGCUCCCCGCUACCCAAAUACGCUGCCUCUCCCAGACCCAACAACAGCUACAUGUUCAAGAGAGAACCUCCAGAGGGCUGUGAGAAAGUCAAAGUAUUCGAGGAGUCCAUGCCCAAGCCUCUGCAGGAGAUCCCUCCCUUUCUGUGUCCCGACCGCAACAAGGUCAACUUCAUUCCCAACAGCGGCUCUGCCUUCUGCCUUGUCAGCAUCCUUAAGCCCUUACUUCCUGCCCCGGACCUCAACUUUCGCCCCGGGGUGGGCCUGCAAAGCCUGUCCCCAUCCCUCGUGCCUCUGUCCACCCAGCCCUGCCUCCUGGAGGAGCCCGAGAGUUUCUGAUGGCCCCCUGCAGCCUUUCAGUCCACACACACACACACACACACACACACCCUUCCUCUCCUCUAAAACAACCCACCACCAC